UUGCUUCGGUAAGCCUUCUUCUCCUGUGAAGUAUAAAUAGACAAAUCCAUGGGAACAGAGCAAAGCGAUAGAGAGAGUACACACGGUCUCAAUUCUCAAAACAAACAGAAGAAAAACUGCGAAGGGGAAUAGAAACCAGCGGCGCCCGCUCUUUCACCUCAAGAAUUCUGUGAACCCCUCUGUUCCCUCAACCCCCUCUGUCUUCCAAUGACUGCCUCGAUUUAUAAAAUGGCAAGAUGGGUCGGUUCUGCUUCUCAUGGCUUCAAUCAAAAUGGUCAGGCAUGCCGGAAAACACCUUCCGGCGAAGUUCGCCGUUCCGUUAAUGUGCGCAGGUCUCAUCGGAGUCGCUCUCAUUGCAGAUUUCAUGUGGGCUUCGUCUUCGUCUUCUUCAUCUAACUGGGCUUUUGAGAAAUCUGGAGUCCUUGUCGUCUCAAAUGUUACCGGCAGAGCUGUAAAGAGAGAAGCUGUUAACACUGUUCCAGAGAGAUUCUUAUCGGCAACUUAUGCUGAUAUACCCGCACCAGAGUUAGAAUGGGAGGCGAUGCCAUCAGCAUCAGUACCACGUUUGGAUGGGUCAGCUGUACAGAUAAAGAAUCUGCUGUAUGUAUUUGCAGGAUAUGGCUCCCUUGAUCAUGUGCACUCGCAUGUUGACAUUUAUAAUUUCACAGAUAACACAUGGAGCGGAAGGAUUGAUAUGCCUAAAGAAAUGGCUCAUUCUCAUUUAGGAAUUGCAACGGAUGGAAGAUAUGUAUAUGUUGUCAGUGGGCAGUAUGGUCCCCAGUGUAGUAAGCCCAUAUCCCGUUCAUUUGUGCUGGAUACCAGGACAGAAACAUGGCAGCAAAUGCCCUCAUUGCCGGUCCCCAGGUAUGCUCCAGCAACUCAACUUUGGAGAGGCAGACUUCAUGUGAUGGGUGGGAGCAAGGAGAACCGCCACACACCGGGAACAGAUCAUUGGAGUCUUGCAGUAAAGAAUGGCAAAGCAUUAGAGGGAAAAUGGCGCGAUGAAAUACCAAUUCCCCAUGGGGGACCGCAUAGGGCUUGUGUGGUGGUUAAUGAUCGGCUGUUUGUGAUUGGUGGCCAAGAGGGUGAUUUUAUGGCCAAGCCUGGGUCACCUAUAUUCAAGUGUUCUCGUAGGCAUGAGGUAAUGUAUGGUGAUGUUUAUAUGCUGGAUGACAAAAUGAAGUGGAAAGUUUUACCGCCCAUGCCCAAACCCAACUCCCAUAUAGAGUGCUCUUGGGUGGUAGUGAAUAAUUCCAUAAUAAUCACUGGAGGUACAACGCAAAAGCAUGCAGUCACCAAACGGAUGGUCCUGGUUGGAGAGGUGUUCCAAUUCCAUCUAGACUCACUGAAAUGGUCUGUGAUUGGAAAGCUUCCCUACCGGGUGAAAACUGCGCUAGCUGGUUUCUCGGAUGGAUGGCUGUAUGUCACUUCUGGACAGCGAGACAGAGGGCCAGAUAAUCCACAACCAGGGAAGGUCGUUGGAGAAAUGUGGAGAACCAAACUGAACUUCUGAUUUAGCUUCGUUGUACUGACAUGUAGCAUUACCAAAUCUGUGAUUACUGUUCAUUUUUUGGGUCUCCAUAUGGGCCCAGUUUAUAUAUUUAUUUAAUUUUUGCUUACUGUUUAUUUUUUGGGUGAGAAUUUUGCUCACCAGCAAUGUUCAUUUUACUCUCGUGUAAACAUCACCAUUUUUACGGUGGAAAGUGAUCCAAUACACUGCCCUCAACUUCUACUGCAA